UACAACCGUAUUUUUUAAAAAUGCCACCUCACCUGCAGGUUGAUACAUUACUUACCUGUAAUCGUGGAAGGAGUUCCGCUGGUUCCGCCCCCUUUUGUUUUGACAUUUGUGAUACAACUUUACACGACUUCCGGACAAAUUUUCCACGAAAAUGUGUUGUUCAGUGGCGGAAAACCGUUGCAGUGAAUGAAUUGAAUUUUUUUUUAAUGUGAAAACAACGAAAUUCACAAUGAGUGAGAAUAAUGUUCCGUCCAAGAGUGAAAUAGGCCAAGGGGACAGUGUUAACCCUACACCUCAGCCUACACCAGUCAAAGCAUGGGUUCAGUUCGAAGAAGAUGAAAAAAAUGCCAAUAUUAAAGAUGCCCCUGCUGUGAUAGCUACUGAAAGUGUUCAUGUCAACUUGGAAAGGAGUCUUAGUAAACCGGCAGAAAAUAAUGUUGCUGUGCUGGAUCCAAAACCUUUGAGAAAUGUUGAGUUACCAGUUGCUACAGUGGAACCUAUACGACAAGGAUUUUCUAAUGGUGAUAUUAUUGUUACACUGUUACCUGUGAAUACGCGAUUUCCAUGGAUUACACCUGCUCAAUUCCGUCCAGAAUUAGUGCCUGAAGAAUUAAUGGCUCAAGGUUUGACUUUAACUGUGGAAGAGUAUGUUCAAGCUAUGGAACUUUUAGUCAAUGACUUCAGAUUUACAUUGUACAAUGUUUGCUAUAAGCGAGUACUUGUGGUUUGGAUAUUUCUUGCUUUUUCCGUACUAUUUGGUCUUUUAUUUUCUGGUUUGUCGGGUCUUACAUUAUUUGGGUUGGGUAUCGGUUGGUUAAUUUUAAACGCGGCUGCAAUUUUCUUUUCCAUGUGGUUAAAAUAUAAAUUAUCUCGUAAUUUAGAAAGGUGUUUGGCACAUGUAAAUAAACAACUGCUCAGGCAUAAAAUCGUGAUAGCUUUAGACGACAGAGGAAAAAUAUCUUGUCAUAAGGUCAAUCUGUGUUUUUUGUAUAUGGAUUCUGCUCCGUGCAUAGCACGUCUGCAGACAAGCAUUGACCAACAAGAAAGAGAUCCAGCAAGCGGGUGGGAGCAGAGAAUGGAUAUUACAGCAAACGAUAUUGUUAUUCAAGGGAGUCGAACCACUAGGCUUUCCAGAAAACAGGAACGAGCAACAUUAUUGUAUUUGCGUUACGCAUCUCGCUGGGGUCGUAAUGUUGUACGUGGAUUGUUAGUUAGUCCACCGGCCUCAGGGGGGCGUCACUGUCCCUCACUCACAUGUCCUUGUCAAUUCAUAGAAGAACACCUUCAUUGUAAACCCCCAGGAUACCCAUGCAGCCUUUGCUUCUACAUGUCAGAUCGUAAUGUUCAAUCAGUGGUUAAUAAUUUGCAUUACCCUGUUUGAUCAUCAAACUUUUAACAGUUAUGAAAAUUUAAGUUGACUUUAAUCAUGGGAGAAGGUAAUUAAAGCACAAGAUCUAGAUUAAGUACUUGUUAAAGCACAUCAGUAAGAAUAGGAAUGCAGUAACAGUUUAUUAUAAAAGUAUCCAUUGUUAAAAAUACUCAACUGUUAUAAAAAUACAAAAAUAAAUACUCAACACAUAACUUAUUUAUUUUCAGGGAUUACCUGAACGCUGCUUGAGGGUUGAUAUCCUAUUCAUAAUGUCUUGUUGCAAAUUAUCUAGCUCACAUUUUAAACCAUCCAGUAUGUUAGAGCUUCGUUCCAAAUCUUG